CAAAAGAGAUUGAGCGAUUCGCAGACUCGAGGACGCGACUGUGUGAGAGAGAGAGAGAGAAAAUGGCGUCGUCAUCAUCGAGAGGAGAGAUGGAGAAGAUGGGAAUCGAUCAGCUGAAGGCGUUGAAGGAGCAAGCGGAUCUGGAAGUGAAUCUCCUUCAAAAUAGUCUUAACAACAUCCGUACAGCCACCGUCCGUCUUGAUGCCGCCGCCGCAGCUCUCAACGAUCUAUCUCCUUUGAUUGGCGAUGUUACCACCGCCGCUGCUAGAAACUGUGCUCCCAUUAUGCUCCGUCUUGCAUGGCAUGAUGCAGGAACCUAUGAUGCCAAGAAGAAAACCGGAGGUCCCAAUGGAUCUAUCAGGUUCAAGGAAGAGCUAAACCGUCCACACAACAAAGGGAGCAUCAAAUAUGGUAGGAUUCGAUUGAGAGAUUUCGGGUCAAAAUCUCAAAUUAGGCAAGAUCCGAGAGUUGAUGUUCUAUCUAUCAUUCCUGCACCCGAAGAUGUUGCUGGUUUAGAGGAUUGUAGCUGGCCUGAUGAGGUUCGUGAUCCAGGUGUUGAAGUCAUUAUGCGAAAAAUUGAGGAGGGUUGUGAAUUCAACCGGGGGAUGUUUGUAGGGGGACUCAGAGGUGUUGUUUUGCCUGUUGAGCCUCCUCCCCGGGUAGUUAACAAAGGUAAAAGGAAAGUCCGUUCCAAGCAGAGUGGUGAGCAUUUGGUCAAAGGUGGGUCGUCUAGGAAGAAGAAAAUGAAGGUUCGUAGUGGUAGGGGUAGGCAUGUCCAGUCUGACCCUAAUACCUCUCUUCUUGGUGCUCUUAAAUAUGAAAUUGAUGCUGGUCUGAAGGAGGCUCGUGGUGAUGUUUAUGCUCAUGUUUGUGUCGAUUUGAAAGCGAUGGAGUUGAGGUUAGAGAGGAGUAUGAAACAAAGCAUCUUCUCUGCGGUGGCUGAGGCUCUAAGUGCUCGAGAGCUAGUAAAGAAUGUUGUUGAUGGAGUUGGGGUAGGUAAUUUUGAUCCUUACAGUCAGCCUCCCGCUAAUGGUGCAUCUAAUUCCCUCAAUCAUGCCAAUGUUCCCACCCAUUUGAAUGUUGGCACUGAAGAGGUUGAUGGUUCUUCCUCUGCGAGUGAGGCAUCCAAUCAGUCGGAGGCAUCAAGAGAUAGUAUUGAUGGAGAGAGUGGUAUUGUUUCUGAGGUGGUGGGUGAAUCCGAUGGUUGUCCUAGCUCUGAGAAGUUCAAAAAACUAGUCGAGCUACUUGAGCCUAGAUUUGACUUUGAGUAUGGUGGAGGACUUGUUUUGAAGGAGACUGAGUUGCGGCUAGUCGCUAGUAGCAUUCCACCUGAAAAUCCGCAGGUCAUGGACGCGUGUGUCACUGUUAUGAGGGAAUCCAUCUUCAUUAACACUGAUCCUGCCUCCGUCCCGAGAGCUGAUAUGCUGACAAGCCAGUUCCAUGGUUCACUUGCUUCUAUGUACUCUAAGUUCAAGAAGGUUAGGCGCAAAGAGAGUUUUGAUUUCGAUGCUGAUCUAUUGAGCUCUCUAAGUAGCAGAUUUACCAGCACUGGAAGGCAGUGGUUGGUCAACAUUGAUUACCUGUACUCUCCCUUCAACAUUGCCAAGAACCGUUGGAUUGCUGUUAUGGUGGACCUGCCCUCUCACUCCCUAUCUGUUUUUGAUUCUACUGCGAAUGUCCGUCGUGGCUCCAGACUCAAACCUGAGCUUGAGUUUUUAUGUGAGAUGUUUCCAUAUUUGGUUCGUCAGGUUGGUGCGAAUGAUCUUAUGCUCAAAUAUCCUCUGACUCCUUUGUCCUUCACUCGCCACACUCGCAUCACCCAAGCCUCAGACUGCGCGAACACCGGUAUGCUCUCCCUUCUUUUCAUGGAGGCCCAUGCAGUUGGAGGUUUUGAGAAAGUUUGUCAAGUAUCUGAGUCUGGCAUUCGUCACGGUGCAGAGCAGUUAGCCGUGCAGUUGUACGAGCAUUGUUGUGGUGAUAUUGAAGUUUGACUUCACUCUGUCUCUAUUUCCAUCUAUUUUAGUUUUUUGUUGAACAAUUUGCGAUCUCCGGCUUAUCUUUUGGACUUUUAGUUUAAUUCCGGAUUUGUUACUAUUAUCUUUAUGUUUGUACUAAUAACUCUUAUGCUUUUGU